AUGGCAAAGGAAGGAAAGGAAAGGAAAGGAAAGGAAGGGAAAGGACGGGAAAGGAAAGGAAAGGAAAGGAAAGGAAAGGAAAGGAAAGGAAAGGAAAGGAAAGGAAAGGAAAGUAAAGGAAAGGAAAGGAAAGGAAAGGAAAGGAAAGGAAAUGAAAGGAAAGGAAAGGAAAGGAAAGGAAUGGAAAGGAAAGGAAAGGAAAGGAAAGGAAAGGAAAGGAAAGGAAAGGAAAGGAAAGGAAAGAAAGAAAGGAAAGAAAGGAAAGAAAUGAAAGAAAGGAAAGAAAGGAAAGGAAAGGAAAGGAAAGGAAAGGAAAGGAAAGGAAAGGAAAGGAAAGGAAAGGAAAGGAAAGGAAAGGAAAGGAAAGGAAAGGAAAGGAAAGGAAAGGAAAGGAAAGGAAAUACAUAG